UUAUUCUACACACGCUCAUGUACAUUAUUGCAAUUAUCUUGUAGUGCUGUGUAGUGCGUGCUUUAGUUGGUUAAUGAAUACUAAAGGACUAUGUUUAAAAUGUUUGAUGUUUCUAGGUGCCCUAUCUACCCUAUACAUUUUCAUCGAGGUUAAUGAAACCGUUGAUCAAUAUGAGAAACCGAAAAUACCAGUUGACAGUACUAUCGAAACAUCCACUUUCAUCAACGGCGAGGAGCGAGCUAGACUAGUAAAAGAGAGAUGUGAACAGUACUCAGAGCUGACAACAUGCCUCUACCCCAGUAGAGGGGUUGUUAAACGCAUGUUACCUGUUGUCCACAAGAAGUUCGCACUUUGUGUCAUGGGCAAAACAGGUUCCUCCAACUGGAGAACUCUGAUAUUACAGAUGAAAGGAGUUAUCACAGAGGAGGGGGCUAGGAACAUGACGUACCCCCAUGGUAAGGAGUACUGGGUGGAUAAAGGGACUGUGUAUUUUUACAAGGGGAGGGAGAGACGUAAGAUGAUAAGGACGAUAAGGAAUGAGUAUUAUAAGGUCACGUUCGUAAGGGAUCCCCUGUCACGGCUGCUCUCAGCUUACAGAGACAAGUUCACGGGAAGUUCACAAGAGCACUCCUUCAAAGUUUACAGAACAAGACGCGCAUUAGAAAUGUGCACGUGUCUUGAGGAGCUGCUCUUGGUUAGACCUGAUGGAGAUCUGGUCCCAGAUGAGAUAUACUCGUACAUGUUGGAGGAAGUGAAGCAGCAUUGUAAUGGUGGUGGUGAGCAAAUCGUGUCCCUUGGGAUAUUCUUCUUGAUUAUAAUAUUCAUGCCACAAGAUUUCAAGGGUGAUGCACUGAAAGAUCUGACGGUAAACACGCAUUUCAGUGAUAUGCUGAGUAUGUGUGAUCAUUGCAGGAUUGACUAUGACUUCAUAGGUACUGUCGAAACAAUGAACACUGACUUUGAGUUUCUUAAAAAUAAACUAGGAAUAGAGUACGAUCUGCCUCAAAUAGCAAGUACCCAACAAGGUGUGAUGAGUAAGGGCGGGGUGCAGGAAAUGUGGCUGAACCUCCCGGAGUUAUUAAAACAAUUUGUCUACUUGCACUUGGGUAAUGACGCAAGAGCGUUUGGGUACUCUGGUUAUGAUGUUGAUAUGAGCAAGAGCUUGCUUCCUAAUCAUUAUGAAAGACGUACUAAAUGUGAUGAACAAAGUUUUUAAUCGAAAUUGUUAGCUAGUUUUAUUGUGAUGCUUAAUAUAUUUUUGUAUACCGUAAUAUAGCUUGAAAUCUGAUUCACGAAUCAGUAGA